AUGUCCGCCGUUGCACUAUCUGAUCAGGACGGAGAGUACGAACUCGACGACUCUCUUGAUUCGCGCAAAGAUACUUCUGACCCGGUGGAACCCAUGGUUACAGUCGACACCACCGUCGCGACUGGACUAAUCGAAGCUUAUGAGCUAGGUGAUAAGGAACCAUCUGAAGGCCCCUUUCAGCCAACCCUUGGAUAUAAAUCCAUGACUGAGCUUCCAAGCUCCUGCUCAAGUAUCGACGACGACCCCAGCGAUCCAACCUACCACCCAUCCAAAUCCCUUCGCAGAAGAUCCAGGAUGAGAUCCCGCCGAGCUCGCUUUUCCGGGCAAAUUCAGGCUAAACCCAAGCCCCCUCAGGCCCGUCUUAGAGACGCGAAGGGCCGCUUCGUGGCGGCGCAAUCUGAAAGAGUUUGCAAAGCUCCUGUUGAGGCUGCUCCCUCGUCGGACGUCUCAUUGCCGCGACCAAGAACCCCUUGCUUCUCCGAUCACAGUGAACUCCAACGGACCGCUCUAGAGACUGCUACCAAUACGUUCCUCAACACUGUCCUCCGCUCUCCCAACAACAACCCCCCCUUAACCUUUGAAUUUCACGACCCCUUCCAAGCUCACUUCCGCCUCGCCUCUCCGCCUCCUCCUGCAAUCGAUCCUCUUCUUCCUGAUGUGAUGGAGCAGACUGGCGGAUUCUGA